CGCACUCUUGUCUCCUCUCACGACCCGUCCCUCUCUGCCAACCCAGAAUUCCCCGCGCCAAGACAAGAUGGAAGAAAGCAGCCACCGCCGGAGAACAAUGUUUUGGCAAUAAAAAAAAAAAUAAAAAAAAAAACCUCCACGAAAAAGCGGCGAAUACGGAGAAAAAUACAGGCACGUUUUUUUUUUUUUUUUGAGGAAAACCAUCUGCUGUCAUGUGAUUUUCUUCUCCUGCAUUCCUCUUUAGAUCAAUUGUCCUCCUUCUUCCCUGCAAAAAGCUAAACAACCGCCAUGAGUAUUAUCCAGGACAAAUUAAGCAAUGAAUUUUUGCGCAAUGGUGGCAUGGACCCCAACUUUGCACCAGGUAUGCUUAUGUUCAGCCACCUGCCCCCUGUCACCAGCUUCACACGACUGGCCUCCCAAUCGGUAAUGGGCGAGCUUCCCCAGGAGAUGAUCCUGAAGAAAGAACGUGACUCGCCCCCUGAAAACCAGGGCGCCACCGCUGUAAACACAGGGGGCUUCCUCCACAGCAUGGGCAUUAAGCAGGAGAGGUUGAGUGAGUUGGAUUACCGCAUGCCCCUCUAUGGCGGGGGUGGAGGAAUCGGGUUGAACUGUGUUGGAGGGGGCGCGGGGAAGAGUGGUAGCGACAUGCAGGACAUGUCUUUUGGCAACCACCACCAAAAUCACCAGAACAUGCUGCUCCAUGAUCUCAGCCUCAGCAACGUUCGCAACCUUGGAGAGCCGAUGCCUGGAAGAUCUGGUAAAGAGCCAAAAGAGUCCUCAGGUAGAAGAGGGCGGAGGAGCAAUGGUGACGGGCAGGGAGGCAAAGCACGAAGGAAACGCAACGAUGCUGCAAAGGCCAUGAUGAUGGAUGCAGAUGGAGCUUGCCUUUCACCCAACUCGAAACCACAUAUCUGUGAGCACUGUAACGCUGCCUUCCGCAGCUCCUACCACUUGCGCAGACAUGUGCUCAUACACACAGGUGAGAGGCCUUUCCGGUGCAGUCAGUGUAACAUGAGCUUCAUCCAGAAGUACCUGCUCCAGCGGCACGAGAAGAUCCACAGUGGAGAGAAGCCUUUCAGCUGUGACCAGUGUAACAUGCGUUUUAUACAGAAGUACCAUAUGGAGCGGCACAAAAGGACACACAGCGGCGAGAAGCCAUAUCGCUGCGAUACCUGCCAACAAUUUUUCUCAAGAACAGACCGGUUACUGAAGCACAAACGAACUUGUGGAGAAGCCAUAAAGAAGGGCCUGGACCCGAGCAUGCUGGAGCUCAGCGAGGCAGAGCUAGGCCACGGCAGCUAUUCACUUACUCAGGGAAACUCUACCACCUCCGGACGCAAGAGGGCCAAGUCCAAAAAUGGCGAGGGCGGUGAGCGCAAGAGGAAGAAAAAUGCCUCGGCAUCAAUGGCAGCGGCCUCAUCUUCUGGGGGGAUGGCCCGUGACCUGGGCCUUCAGGACUUUAGCAUGGAGCAUCCCUCGGGCUCUGGCCCCACCAUGCAGGGACGCACUCCCAAGUUGGUCUUUAAAAAAGCCGGACGCAAGGGCUUGGACAAGGGUCUUCUCUCUCUGGAGGACAGUGUAGAUGGACAAAAACAUUUGGGCCAGAAGCCAAACUCCAUGGAUCACGUGGAGGCUUCUGGCCUUGAGAACAUGGGUCUACUCCAGGGAACAGGGGGUAACAAGCAGGGGCCCACCACCACCAGCAACUACGAUGAUGCAAUGCAGUUCGUGAAAAAGCGGCGCUACCUCCAUGCAGUUAACAAUGACUAUGGAGCCGGCUCACUGCACAUGGCACCCCAGGGAAGUAGUGUAAUCCAGGGCUCCCUUGGGCCUGAACCCACGCUGGCCAUGCUGGACUCCUCGCCUUUGGAUCUAAAGCAUGACAAGUCGGGCAUUCCAGAUGAGGUACUUCAGAGCCUGCUAGACCAUUAUAGCCAUAAACAAGAGGGGACACACCACCACGAUGUGACUUUCGACCUGUCGGACCAUCCGCACCACGUCGACCUGCAGCCGGCAGCCCCUGUGACCCCUGAGCUGGAGGAUGACUCGCCACACGGUGGGGAAAAGACAGCGGUGAUGAGCGAGUACUCAAAGUUCCUCCUUCAAGCCCUGGAGCGCACCAGCCAUAGUGGACCCUUCCCCAGCCUUGGCCCUACGGGGCCUUUCCCACUCCUGUCAAGCAGCUCCAGUCCCACAGGGCCCCUGUUCUCUGACAAACACGUGUAUGCCACAUCCCCGCUGGAUUGUGUCUACCCGCCUGCUGUAUCCUCCCCACUGCCCAUUGUCGCCCCCUCUUCGGUCUCCUCCUCUUCCUCAUCCAAGUCGCAUUAUGGCAUGCUUGUUGGCUCCCCUUCCCAGGCAGGCUACCACCUCAGCUUAGAAUCUACAAGCCACCAGCAGCUGACUCCAUCUCAGGAGCUGACCGAGCAGUUGGAGAAGCAGCACUCGCCCAGCGCCUUCAACCUACCUCCCCAGGACCUGACUGCCCAGGCAGACGGCUCCAAGGGGCAACAGCCUAAGGCAGGAGGGAGCUCUGCACCCACCAACGGCUCCAGCUACCCAGACCUGUCCCCGCUGAAUCCCCCUAAAGAAACCACCUAUCAAAUCGAGAACUUCGCCCAAGCCUUCGGCUCCCAGUUCAAGUCAGGGCGGGGAACCCCUCUGGGCUACGGCAGUGAUCCUGGGUCAGAGGUGGACCACCGAAUACGGACUCCGGUGUCAGAAUUCUCAGGGUAUACAAGUUUGUUAGCUGACGUCAGUGAGCCAGUGAGUACAGGAUCAAAAACCCCGACAAGCCAAAGUUUCAGAUAAGGGUCAAGCGAGGUGAAUCCAGUAGGGGGCUGUUCUGUUGCUGUCCAUACGGUCCCCUUACCCAUCCUAAUUUUGUUCUUGUAGCAAAGUUUUUUUAAACACUGCCAUUAAAUGUUGAUACAAAAAUGACCAGGGAGGGUCUUCCAUGGCCUCAAAUGCAAUUUUUUAAAAUAUUCUCAUUUUUAUUAUGUAUUUAGUCACUCAAAAUUUUGUUUAAGAGUAGUGUUUUUGAUAUGAACGUACCGUAGAUUUAAAUGUAAUUUAAAACAUUUAGAGGGUAGCUAUAAACUUGCUUGAUUUUUUUUUUUUUUCUUUCUCUGAACUAUUGUGUUUUACCAAUCAUCAUACCAUUGUAAAGUAAUAAUGAAUAAUGUUGAUGAUUUCAAUAAUAAUAACAUUUGUGGCAGGGAAAGGCCCAGAAUUCAAAUGGCAAAAAAGUAUAUAUUGUCUGUUACAAGAAACGUAUUAACUCAGGAAAAUAGGCAAAAUUGUGUAAUAAGACUUUGUAUUAUGAGAUGCAAUUAGCACAGUUUUUACAGGUGUACUUUGAGACUACAAAGCUUUGAUUUUGUUUUUGUGUUUUGUUUCGUUUAAACUCGUCAGAACAAAUUUCAAUACAUGAUCAUGUUCAGAUUCUGCUGCGUGUAGCUUUGUUGAGAUUAUGGUACUGUUGUGUCAAAGUAAAGACAUCCACAUUUUUUUUUUUUUUAGAGAGCCACAUUUCAUACACGGGGUAGUGUUAAAUAGUUGUGGAGUUCAGGCCAUGUUGUACACACAGCAUGAUCUGAAGUGAAGAGGAUGUUAUAAACAAAGCUUGACUGGUGAUUUGUCAGUGUGAGGCAUCAACUGAUGAUGCCUGUGGCCAGUUAGAUAAAACAAAGCUUAGAUUCAUUGAAAUCUCAUUGCUGAUACAGCUUUCUGAAACAACAUCAGUUUAUUACUGAAAUGAUUUCUUUCAUUUCUAACAAAAAAAAGAAGAAAGUCACCACUUUUCUACUCCACGCCUUGCUGUUCUUUUUUUUUUUUUUUUUUUUCUGUCAGUGGAAUCAAACAAGCACUUUUUAAACAAAUCAUUGGAAACAACAACCCAUUCAAUUAGCAUACUUGAUCCGUGAAUAUUAUGCGUAUGGUUAUUAUAUUAUUUUAAGAGGAAAAAACUGUGAAAAAUGGG